AUGGCCACAAAUGACAAUACCUCCCUCCCGGCUACGGCGAACACUUCCACAGACGGCUCAGCAGCGGCUGUCACCGUCUCCGAGCAACGUUCGUCCUCCAUGCUCCAACAAGCGCACCACUACGUCACCCUCAAGUUGUCUUCUUCGAAUUUCCUUUUCUGGAAAGCCCAACUCGUUCCCUUCCUGCGUAGCCAAAGCUUGUAUGGGUACGUUGAUGGCACCCAUCAGUGUCCACCGGUGUUCCUCGCAGCUUCGUCGACUGCCACGCCUGUUCUGAAUCUGAGUCAUGCCAUAUGGAUCCAACAGGAUCAAUCAAUACUCAGCAUGCUCAUUUCAUCCAUGACGGAGGAGGUACUUUAUCUAGCCAUCGGUCACUCCACGUCUCGCGCUGUCUGGGUUGCCGUGGAGACGGCGUCGGGUUCUGUUUCUCGCUCCCUGUCGCUCAGCCUGCUGUCUCAGUUACAAGGUCUUCAGCAAGGUGACUCAUCUCCGGCUGUAUAUCUCGGUAAGGCGCAGGUUCUAGUUGAGCAGCUUGCUCAAGCUGGACGCCCUAUCAGCCUGGAUGAGCAGAACCUGCAUGUUUUCCGUGGACUUCGGCCGGAAUACCGCGGCCUUGUUGCAUCCCUCACGACGAAAAGCUCCCCUCUUACGAUUCUAGAGGUUGCCGAUCUUUUAGCAACUCAUCAGUAUCCGUUUCCAGAUGAGACGUUGCCACCACCGCCCGCUACACCGACGAUCAUGGUGGCUCAGUAG